CUAAAACCCUCCCUCCUCAUGCCCUCCGUACUUGUUGCUCCUCCUGUUUUAACUCUAAAAGAAGAGGUUCAACUCUGUGUCUUCAGUUUGAUCGUAGACUCUUGCUGCUCCUUCCUCUCAACUUUAUCUAUUCACAUUAACCCUCCUAAGAAAUGGAAGAAAUGGGAGAAAUGAUUGAGGAAAUUGAAGAUUACGUUGACGGGGCCGACGAGGCUGCAGGAGACUUGACAGAAGAAGAAAAGGCAGAACUAGAGAGGGAAGUGGCUGAAGCUAAAGAGGCCGUUUCUGAGCUUUCACAAACUUUCCAGAGUUUCAAAGAAAUCCUUCACAAUUUAAAACCAGUCUUAUGGUCAAUAACUAAAUGGUUGGCAGAAAACAUCGCUAUUGCCGCCGUGUUCUGGGGAGUAAGUACCGGUCUGAGCAGACUGACCAAGGGGGAGAGUUCUAAAGAAAAGAAGAUGAAACGUGAUGUGAUUAGUGCUGUGAUCAGAGUGAUCAAGAGUGAAACUGACCUGAGCCAGAAGGCGCUGACGUGGACCAAGGAUCACCAGGAUGACACGAUCACCCUGGAGGGCUUUCCCGUUCCUCUGGAAUCCAUCAUGGCCAAAUAUCUCACUCCAGUAUCGACGGCUGUUGAGGAAGCCUUCCAUAUUGCAAAGAGGCUUCAGACCAAGAUUGGUGGGAAAGUGCAGCCGAAGCUCCCGAACGCAGGAGAUAUAACGGCGUUCCUCACCGCCGCUGCAGCUUUUCACCAGAGCUUCAGUCACCUGAUCAAGUUCAUUUCUGAAAACAAGGACAGGUUUCAGCAGCUGGCUAGUUUUCCAGUGACACAGGCAGACAUGGAGGAGCUCAGUCGCAGAAUUGGAACAGCUCAAGCCUUGCCACUGUGGUAGAGAACGGAAAGAUGUAACUCCAAGAAAGUAAGAAAAUGUAUUUAUCAGGCACUUUGGAGGAACUCAUGUUUGAAACAUUCAUUUCUGGGACCUUUUUUUAUGGGAAAACAUAUUUUUUGAGGUGUUCUGUCACAUGUCAGGCUUUAAAGGGUUACCGUAUUUACUGGACUAUAAGCCGCUACUUUUUUCAUAGGUUUUCAACCAGCAGCUUAUACAAAGGUGCAGCUUUUCUGUGGAUUUUUCUUCCAGCGCUAGGGGGAGUGCUAACCGGAAUUAGAAUAAAAACUAAGACAGAAUAAAUACAAAAAAGAAUACACUACUUCUUCUUCAGCAGAUAGAAGUAGAAGCAGAUUUCAAAGGGAUAAAUAGAUAAAUAAAUACUGGUUAUUUUCUCUUGGUUCUGUCCCGUUUUAAUCAGCAAAGUUGCUGCCGUGUUAAAAGACACUGUUAAAGGAUCUAUUUAGGUACAAACAUGUACAUCAUUUACAGUUCAGAAUCCUUCUGUACAUGUAGUAAAUAUCUAAUCUAACAACAGAAAUAUCUGCGGCUUGCAUAGCUUUUUUUUUUUUAAAUAGAGCGGAUGCGGCUUAUAUACAGGUGCGGCUUAUAGUCCAGAAAAUACGGUAAUUAAUAACAUGAAUUUAGUUUUCUGCACUUGACUUAAUCUCUGUGUUUUGGUUGUUUCCUGCCGUUAUCAGAUAGUUCUGAUGUUUACGACCAUAUGAUACAAGUUCAUAUUUGGGUUUUAGGUUUUACUUGGAGAGCAUCUUUCGGACUAAAUGUUUGAUUUUUUUUAAUUUUCUUUCAAAAGUCUGAGCAUAAUGGAUGAGCAAAUGUUUACUAAGACUGCAAUGAAAUAAAGCAAAUAUGAAAAGCAUGUUUGUGUACCAGUGUGUGACCGAGCGUUAUCUUGUAAUAGUCAGGGGGCAAACCCUAAGAUUGAUAACUCUGCUCACGCUUCUGGGUAAAGUUUGACAACCUCAUUUCUUUGUUAGAAGGAACCCCUAGGAGGAAUAAUAGGGCUGUUUCAUCUUGGAUUGUUUUGCUGGUGACCACUGGAGGCGCUGUAACAUUCAAAUACUCAAUUCAUGCAUAUGGUCACAAUAAUGGUCCAAAUGUACAGUUUAUAUGCAAAAUCUUCAAUGUUCAAGAUUUUAUAUUUAGGGAAACGGAUAAAACAUCAAUUGAAAAACUUUUUUUUAAUUGUAUUGCUAUAUUUUGUCCAAUAUUGGUUAAAAAUAUGACUUUUUUAUAGGCGUUUUUAACACACACAUAAUAAGCAUCUUUUUUCUUUUUUUUGCAGUGAAACACAUUUUCUAUGAAAUCCUGUGUCAAAAACGUAUAAAAAAGUGAUAUUUAGUAUCCAAUAUUGGCUAAAAUAUUACAAUAUGAUUCAUAAAGGCUUUUUUACUCUUGUUUUAUCUAUUUCCUUAGAUAUACAAUGUUUUCAUCUUGACAAUUAUGCAUAUAAAUGGUACAGGUUGACCAAAACUGACCAUAUGCCUGAAUGGAGAACUUGAAUAUUCUAGCGCCUCUAGUGGUCACCAGCUAAAACAUUCAAGAUGACAACACCCCUAAAAUUCCUUCUAGAGAUUUGUUCUAACAAAAAAAAUAGGUUGUCAAACUUUACCCAGACAUGUGAGCAAAAGUCUUAACGGAGGCUUUUUCUAAAGUUGCCCCUUGACUAUAAAUGACGGGGGGAUUUAGGCGGAGGGUUGGGGUUGGUCAGAGGAAAGGAGGAGGAACUUGUAGAAACUUCUCCUAAACUCCAGCAGUGAAUCACACUCUCCAGCACCAACAUGCUACUGCUACUGUAGUUAUUGUAUUUAUUUACAGUAACUUCUUACACUGUUUCAUAGUUCACUUUUUAUUAACAGUUCAUUAUUUUCAGUUUAUUUUUCUACUACUCUACUUACACUUGUUUACUUUAUUCCCAGUAAUGUAUCCUGUCAUACAGUUGUUCAUUACUGCUACUGUGAUACAGAUUACUUAUUGUUAUAAUAAUUUAUAGGAUAACUGCUGUCACUAUGCAAACAACAAAGUUCAAGAAUGUUUCUAUUUUCUGAAAGGUGUGUAAAUAAAAGU